AUGGUCACUGUUCUCUACCAGAUCGAGGCAAACAUGAACACUCGCCCACUAACGCCACUAUCCGACGACCCGACCGAAUUAGACGCACUAACACCCGGCCAUUUCCAGACUGGCGGUCCACUUUUAACCCUUCCGGACCCUCAGUACACCGAAAUACCAACAAACCGAUUGCGGCACUAUCAGCAGUUGCAACAACUGAUUCAGCAUCACUGGCAACGUUGGCGGAAGGAAUAUCUUACCGAGCUCAAUCAGCAGUGGCAGAAAUCCAGUUCUCCGGUGGACAUCCGUGUUGGCCAAAUGGUAUUGCUGCAGGAGGAUGGAAAGGCUUCCGUCGCUUGGCCACUAGCAAGGAUCGAAGCAGUUCAACCCGGCGAUGAUGACAUCAUUCGUGUUGCAACCAUCAAAACAAGAAGUGGAACAUACAUACGACCGAUUCGCAGAUUGUUCCCACUUUCUUUCGACCAGCAAUUGGCGGUGCAGCAACAGCAACGAGCAGCAACUAAAAGUGAAGAAAAGCUGUUAGAAAAUUAA